AUGUCUUCGACAGUCGCCCCCAGUGGCCUCGACAAGGCUACGUUCCAGGCCCUGGUGGCCUCGUUCGGCUUCCAAAUGACCCCCCAGGACGAGGCCGACUACUAUACGCUUGUCAAGGCCAUGGAGGACGAGGUGCGCGAAGUCGAGGCCCUGCCCGCAUACAUCGACCCCCGACUGGCGCCCAGCGUGGCCACGCCCGUUGCUGACCGGACGUAUGCGGUGCCCGACAAGGCGGACAACCCUUUGAACGCUUGGAGCCACCGGUUCACGCUCAAGGACGCAGCCGCUGUUUCGACUGGCAUCCUGGCCGGCCGCACUGUGGCCCUCAAGGACACCGUCGCCGUGGCCGGGAUCCCGCUGACUCUGGGCACCCACCCGUACCAGCUCACCAACUCGCCCAAUGAACCCUUUCCCAUCCCGUCAAUUGAUGCGCCCGUUGUCACACGCCUCGUCGAGAGCGGCGGCGUAGUUGUCGGGACGUCGACGUGCGAGAACUUUUGCAUGUCAGGCUUGUCGGAUACGAGCGCCUCCGGGCCUGUGGACAACCCGUGGCUGGUGGGGCAUGCGGCGGGCGGCAGCAGCAGUGGCAGCGGCGUCCUGACGGCCAUUCCGGCGGUCGAAAAAUGGCGCAAGACGCGCGGUCUGCCUGUCGAUGACAACGGCCCGGGUGUCGACCUGGCCAUUGGCGGUGACCAGGGCGGUAGCAUUCGACUGCCGGCGGCGUACAGCGGCGUGUACGGGCUCAAACCAACGCGCGGGCUGGUGCCGUACACGGGCAUCGCAUCACUGCACCCGCUUUGCGACCAUGCGGGGCCGAUGGCGUCGUCGGUGGCGGAUGUGGCCCUGCUGUUGUCGGCGAUUGCCGGGCACGACGGCCUGGACCCAAGAGCGACGCCAGAAACGCCGACACGAAAGAAUGCACCAGCGUACCACGAGCUCCUAAAGGCAGCCAUUGCCGCCAAGGAGAGCUGCGGCGCGUGGACGCCCACCACCGCAGGAACAGGCCUGCGCGUCGGUUUGCUCAAGGAGGGCUUGGCGCUGCCGAAGCUGGACCCCAAUGUGGCAGCCAUUGUGCGUGCCGCCGCGGCCAAGUUCGAGAGCCUUGGCGCCACAGUGGUGGACGUCUCGGUGCCGCUGCACAGCAAAGGCGGUGCGAUCUGGACGGCGGCCAUGCGUGGUGUCAUGUCCGACGUGCUGUUGGCCGGCAAGGCGCCGGAUCUGCUCGCGUAUACGACAACGGACGUGGCAGCGCCGCCGUUGACGCAGGACUGGUACGAGAAAAUGACGGCGGCCAGCCCCAUGGUCGUCACAGCCGCGCUGGGCUCGGCAUAUCUGGGCGACACGAAGCGGUUCCCGCAUAGCUACCGCAGCAAGGCGGUGUCGCACGUGGUCCAGCUGCAGGCAGCGUACGACGCCGUGCUGAACAGCGACGUGGACGUCUUGCUUCUGCCCGUGACACCGUCGGUGGCGCCCCCGCACAUCAUCACGGCCGCGGGCAGACCGCCAGGGACGAGUCUCCUGGAGCAGUAUCAGGCGAACCUAGGCGUAAGCGACAACACGUCGCCAUUCAACAUCACAGGCCACCCGGCGCUGGCUAUGCCGGGCGGAUGGGCACCGGCCCCAAGCAUGGACGGGGCAGAGUCGCCUGGGAAGCUGCCGGUCGGUAUUCAGCUUGUAGGCAAGCACCACGAUGAACUGGGUGUGUUGCUGGCGGCGUCCAUUUGGGAAGUGGGCGGUCUUGGGCUGGACGAAGACUGA